AUGCUUCAAUAACCUUUAGAAUCUUCCCAUAAACAAGGCUCAAAACGGUUUGCUUUGAAAAAAGAAGUACCUAUUUUAAAGCAAUUUCGAAAAAUUUACAAACAAUAUAAAUAAAAACCUCAUCCUCACCUAAUCUAAAAAGAGUUUACAAAAGAAUAAGUGAAACUAGCAGAAAUAGAAGUUGAGCGUCUUUCGAAUUCCUUGACACUCAACUUUGAUAUCAUUUUUAAAAGGAAAAUCCAGACAGAUUAAAAUAAAUGUAACAACGAGGAUUCCGAAUGUUCACCAUUUUCGGAGAACACUUUCACCCAAGACACAAUUAAAAAGGAUAAAGACCAAAGAGAAUUAGAUUUCGAAUAGUUAUAUUAAAUUUAUUUAGAGAAGCAAUUUACAGAAGAUAAGAAAUAAAGAUGUAUAGAAUGGUUAUAAAAAAAUUGAACCAAAUAAUUUGACGUUUAAGCACUAUCAAAAUUACUAUAUUAUUACCACGAGUUGAUAAUUUGUAAUAGGUUGAUGAGUGGAUUAAAGUGAUUUUUAUAAUGCUUAUUCUUUUAUAUUUAAUCUUUUCUCAG